AAGGGAAAUCUUUCUGGAUCAGCAUCUGCUGUUAUUCUAAUAGGACAUUAAAUGUAUUGAAGUCAGAGCAGCAUGUAUGUUUGAACCCCUGAGAGAUCACUGUGUACUGUAUCCUGAAGUCUGGCUUCAAGUAAGCUUGACUUUAAAAUAUUGUAUUACCAUUUGAUGCACUACAGGAAAUACAUUCAUUGCACUGUAACAUUUUUAAAAUGUUGAGUGAUGCUUUAUAAAAGGUCCCUCUUCAAAAAGGAGACAGUUUGGAAGCUGUGGUGAUAAUUGACUCAGUUUUGUCCGUAAUACCAGACAUGUGUAAAAUACAUAUAAAACCCCUGAAGUUCUGUAAUGGAAUACUUUGUAUCUCCAAAUGCAGACCUUUGGAAAUCUGUAGUGUGAGAAAUAACAAACCUCUGACACAGGAAAAUAUACAGAAAGGUUUUCAUCUUCAUAUUUGUCAAAACCAAACAAAGUACAGUCACAAAUGCAAUGCAAAUAAACCUGUUGGUCUUUUCCACUCCCUUCCUCACAUUUUCCUUCAAGUUCUGUGUCUCUUUCAGCUUUGAUUUUUUGAAUGAUGCUAACCUAGCAUCAUUCAAAUUAACAGAAAUAUUUUCAAGUAAGGUUCCUAGCAGCUGGAAACUGACAGCCGAAGUGUUAAGUGCACUUAUAUCACAAUCACACUUAUAUUGCAGCUUUGAUUUAUGAAAAGUAGGUUUUCAAUGGAAAUAUAAUCUGGAAAACCAUAUAUUUUAAUUUUCAAUCUUUGGAGGAAAAAAAAUAUCUAAAUGUAUGAAUUGCAUACUUUUUGUGCCUAUACAUUUAAAGCAUUGCCUAUACAAUUAAAAUUGGAAAAGAAAACACUAAAGAAAAACUUUGAUGGCAAGAUACUGGUAUAGUAUGAAAAGAAAGUAAAGAUUUUAAUUAGACAAGGUUAUAAACAUUUUGGUUAUUUUAUUUCUAUUUUUAAGGGAACAAAACUCUACCCACUGUUGGUUGGAAACUACCCCCUGCUACAACUUGAAACCCUCACUAAAUUAGCUCAAGUACCCUGAGAUAGAGUAAUUAGGGGAAGCAACAGCAAGACUUGUGUGAGGUCAUGGAAAGCCUGCUAUGUCUUGGUGAGGGCAAGAGGAGGAAACUCAUCCAGUUCAUGCAGAGUUUAGCAAGCAGACAGUUUGUCACUUCCCACAGGCAAAGAAACCUUUUCCGUUCCACUCACUUGUAGUGUAUCAACAUCUGUAUUUAAGGGUGAGAUUCUUUGAGCACACAAUGAAUACUGUUUCUACAUAUUUAUUGGGAACAGUCACAGGGUAACAUCCCAGAUCAAUGUUUUGUCAGUUAAACUGAGCAAAAUUCAGUUUUAUAGCAUAUUCUGGCUAUGCCUGUGAAUAUGGUUUGUUUCUAAAGAAUGUGUUUUGGAUAAUGAAAACAAAGAAGUGUUUUUCUUUGCCAGGAGCAUAAUUACUUAACAGAAACAACAUACCCAUAUUUGUACAGACUUAUGUAAACAAAUAUGGCUCCAUUGAGUUCAGCAAAACUUACAGUAACUUACAUUAUCUGGGGAUUGGAGCAUUUGUCUGUACUGUUUCCCUUAACUUCUGUUCCCCCUAAAUGAGGUUUAAUGCUUUGCUUGUAAAUUAUGUUUAAUGUACCUGCUUGUAGACCUUAAUUUAGAAAACUGGAUUUUUGGAAUAAAGGGAUUAUAUCAGUACUGGUAAACUAAGGCAGGUAAGGGCAUGUUUUGGAGCAUGGAAAGAUGACUGUGCUCAUUAAUCAGUAGCAGGCUCUCUGAUGUGGUUUUAGGCAAUACAAGCCAUCAAACUACACAACAAUGCUUGAACAUGGUUUGAGGGAUAGGACAAGUCAGGAAGAGUUUCCAGUGGCAUAGAUGAGGCCGUUGUGCUUUGAGGAAAGAGGAGUUUAGGUGCAUGGAUGUGUUAUGCUGUGUCACCUUCCUUUAGGGCCAGGGAGUGGGUCUGGGUGCAUUUUAUUUCCUGGGGGCCAUUGCAGAUACUGUUCUGUUGCCAUAUCUCAGUGCUUUAGAUCAGGCUUUUGAAGGUGUUUGGGUACCUGACAGGAUACACAAAAGCACUCAACGUGGUUCUUUGUUUUUCUGGACUUGGUCCAGAAGGGAUGUGGGCUUUGCAUUGUUUAAAUUUUGGGUGCCUUGACAGUAGGACUAGCACUGCAGAGUGCCCAGGCUCCCUGUGCAGAGCAGGGGAGAGCCAAGCAUCUUGGGAUGAGAUCAAAGCCAGCUGGCAUACGGAGAGAGCCCUCUAGAGCUUGUCCAUAGGGAUCAUCUGUCAGGGCCCAGGCUGGAGGGCAUGCUCCAGGCACACAGACAUAGCAGCAGGUUACUUGUGUCCCCAUGAAUCUUGUCCUUCACGAGGGAGGGGAACAGCCUGUCUUUCUCACAACAUGGUUUUCUCUGGCCAGAGUACUUUAACUGGGCUCUGGAUUUUGAAAAUGUAAGGCAGUAGAGGAAACUUCAGCUUCCAUAUCCUAAUGCGUUACUACAAGAAAGCAGCUGCAUUUGUGCUAAGAGCAAUUGCUAAACAUUCUCCACAACUAGCUCAGGCAAUAGUUCAUUGUGGAGCUCUGGAAAUGCUGGCGGUUUGCUUGGAAGAUUUUGACCCUGGAGUCAAAGAAGGUGCAUCUUGGGCAUUUGGGUACAUUGCCCGACACAAUGCAGAACUGUCACAAGCUGUGGUGGAUGCAGGCGCUGUUCCUCUUUUAGUGCUCUGUAUCCAGGAGCCAGAAAUUGCUUUGAAAAGGAUUGCUGCUUCAACUCUCAGUGAUAUUUCAAAGCAUUCUCCAGAGUUAGCACAGACAGUAGUGGAUGCAGGAGCUAUCGCUCACUUAGCUCAGAUGAUCCUGAACCCUGAUGCUAAACUGAAGCGUCAGGUGCUGUCAGCUCUAAGCCAAAUAGCAAAGCAUUCAGUGGAUCUUGCAGAGUUGGUGGUUGAAGCAGAAAUUUUCCCAGUUGUGCUCACAUGCCUGAAGGACUCAGAUGAAUAUGUCAAGAAAAAUGGUGCAACUUUAAUUAGAGAGAUAGCAAAGCAUACGCCCGAGCUUUCCCAGUUUAUAGUAAAUUCAGGUGGAGUUGCUGCUGUGGUUGAUUGUAUUGGCAGCUGCAGAGGGACCAUCAGACUGCCUGGCAUCAUGGCACUUGGGUAUGUGGCGGCUCAUUCCGAGAACCUGUCAAUGGCAGUCAUUGUCUCCAAGGGAAUACCUCCACUGUGUGCCUGCUUGGUAGAAGAACAUGAAGAUCAUAUUAAGGCAGCAGCUGCUUGGGCCCUGGGACAGAUUGGAAGGCACACUACUGAGCAUGCACGUCAUGUUGCAGUAGCAAACGUGCUGCCCACGCUGCUCGACAUCUUUGCGGACGCAGGCAGCUCAGAAGAUCUUAAAGCAAAAACUAAGAAAGCCUUAAAGAACAUUCUUCAGAAAUGCACGUAUCUACCAGCACUUGAACCACUGCUUCAUGAGGCCCCUUCCAGUAUUUUGCAGUAUAUUAUUGGGCAGUUUAGUAAGGUGUUACCACAUGACAGUAAAGCACGUCGUCUCUUUGUAACAACUGGUGGACUUAAAAAGGUUCAAGAAAUAAAAGCAGAACCUGGGUCACUUCUUCAGGAAUAUAUCAACACUAUUAACAAUUGCUAUCCAGAGGAAAUAGUAAGGUAUUAUUCCCCUGGAUAUUCUGAGAUACUUCUGGAAAGGGUGGAAAAUUACCAACCAGUUUUAUAAACUUCAGUGUUUUAUUAGAGCUGCAUUUCACAUUUAUGCCUUUAUGACAGUAAUACAAAUACAGCUGUUGAAAGCCUUGCUUGAUUCUCAAAUCUCUUUUUACUAUUUGCACUACUGAAAAAGCUCAGCAAUUCUAUAAAGCUGUAUUUUGUUCUUUAUAAA